CUGCUAACAGUUUUUUUGUGUAGGUGUAAAUCUUAAAGCGCGUUUACGAUGGCUUCUGAACCGGUGUAGGCUAUAGGAGCAAGCGUCUCUGCAUACGGAUUAUUGAUACUGCCAAACUGGCGAUUGAUUUAUUCCAUUUUGUAUAGUUUCUUAUGUAGGGUGGGCCAAACAUGACAGAUUGGUUGCCUUUUGUUAGAUUAGUCUGACCAUCAUUUUAUAAUUUUAAGAAGAUUUGUCGAUUCAAUGUAAAUUUUGUUGUUUAGCCACAACUGUUCAGUCACUCUGGAUGUUUUAUCACAUUUUCAAUUUUUCAUUGUUUUAAGCCAUUUUAGAGUUCUUGAGGGCAAAAAGAGUCCAGUUUAAAAUAAUCAUUGGCCUGCGUUGUUUCAUUAAAUCUGCAGUUAAAAGCGUUAGUGGCCAUGGUAUGGCGAUGGGUUAAAGUAUAAAAUUAAUACAUUUCUGUUAAUUUAAUGUAGUUUCUACGUAAAGACGCAACAGUGUACGUUGACAGUUAACAUUUUCUAUAUUGUUCUUGUGCCGCGGCCCCACAGACCUUUGCUAUAACAUCUAGGAACAGUAAAACAACACUUUUAGAGGGUAGUGAAAUUUUUAAUGUCCUCGCGGUCAAGAUUUAAGACCCCACAUAGAGUAACGAUCAUUUUUCGUGAAACACUUCCGAUGUUUAAUAUUAAGGGACGGGAGAAAGGAUAUCAUUGCGUGUAUGAAUGAAACAAAAAACUAGUUUCAUGUUAUCAUUGAUUACAAUUUCGUUCCUGCAGUCAAAUUCUUAGUGCACACACCCAUUUUCCUAGCUUUUUAGGGAUCCAUUAUUUAAAAAAUUAAACUUAUCUAUACUGCAAAAAUGGGUAUACUGCAAAAAGGUUUCAAUCUGACGAACUUAAAACAAUUUCGACAGUCAAAUCUUAAAAAACCAAAACAAUAACAAUGAGGAAGCAAGUAUUUUACAUUAUUUUUAAUAGUUAUUUUAUAUCGCGAGAAUAAACACGUGAAAUGUAAUGUAUAUUGCAUUCGGCUUGGAUUUAUAACUAGCUGUGCAUGGAUUAUUGAUUACACGCAUGUCUGCGUUAUAAGAAGCCAAUGUAACACCCACCUAUUGUUCAGAAAUGGUUAAAUUACUAGGCAUCAAUUGUAAAAUUAUCAUUACUAUACUGUAUUUGCACUACUUGGACUCCGAGGCAGGUGGAGCAAAGAUGAGAAGGGCUCCUGAAUUGGAGGUCUGGCAAUCGAACCCGGAAUUCGACUUCAGAAGAGCUGCAACUACGAAAAAUAUGAAAAAUGCGAAAACUACGAAACAAGUAACUCAGAAAACCGGAAAAGCCUCAAUUAAGAUAAAGGGACACGAAGUGGAUAAGUACACCAAGGGGUUCCAAGCCGAAAUUAGCCGUGAAGUGAAACACUUUCCUAGAAACGGUAGACCACACUUAGAGAACGAGGAUUCUCGAAAUAAAUAUGGUUCUGAACAUGGUGAAACAGAUAAAAAAGAAAAAACAAUUGACAAAAGCAAUGCCAAAAAAAAACACAGUGCAAGCAAAAGCAAACGACAUAAUGACCGUAGAGGAACUGGAAAUGAAUAUUCCGAUAAUGAAAAAAAGCGGGAAAAAAAUAAAAUACUGAUAAAAAAUUCAAAUUUAGGUAGACAAUGGGGUAAUAACAGAGAUAAGGAUGCCAACAACAAUUAUAGUCAUAGUAAAAAACAUCAAAUUAAUGAUAAACGUAUGAGCAAGGAAAAUCAUUUGAAUGACGACAAAUCUUCAAGUGACGAGGAACAGAAUGGCUUUAGAAAAAUUAAAAAUCAAAAUAAUGCGAAACGUCAGAAAAAUUAUAAAAAUAGACUUAAUGAUAAGCAACAACAAAUUAUUGACAAAAAUGUAACUGUUGAUAAAAAUUUCAGUCGCAACAAACUGCAUAAUGAUCAGGGGCUGAGUAUCGUCAACGUUCACAAUAGUAAGAACCAGAAUAAUAAUGAUAAACAAAACAAAAACAAAUUCUCCAAAGAUAAGAUCACUAACCUUAGAGAGAAAGGGCAGAAUAAGAAACCUGAUUUGUCGGUGAAAACCACUAGCGCAAAGCCAGUUGUAAAUGAAUCUAUAUGGCCAAUGCACCAUCAUCGGUCCAAACUUAGAACACACGACGAACAACAUGAACUGAGAUCGACCAGAAUGACUCCUAUGUAUCUUAUGCAGCAGCCAGCAGAUGAAGAUGACAAGAAAAAGGAAGACGACGAGGAUGCCCCACAGUUUCUCAGUCCGUUUUCAGUAGCAGCUCAAAUGAGAAGACUAAUGGAAGAUUUUCCUGAAGCAAACGCAACAAUUGACGUAUUAGACCGUACUGUAGAAUACAAUGAUUUAGUCAUCGUAAAGAUGACUGAGAGUAAGAGUGACGGAAACAAGUUUUUCCGAGCCGCGGAAAGCAAGUAUAUGGAUGAAGUUCCUGAGAAAAAGAUCAUUUUUAUAGUUCAUGGACUAAGUGUGAUGGGGAUCAAAAAUCUACCGUGCAUGGGACACACGGCAUCAUUAAAGAAACUUAUAUCGUACUAUGUUAAACAUUUGAAGUUAUUCGACAUAUUCUUGAUGCCGAUGGCUAAUCCCGAUGGAUACGCUGCUAUUCAUGCCAAUCAAAUUUGGAAUAAGAAUAUGUCGCCUCAAGACGCUUGCCCAGGUGUUGCGUUAGAUCGAAACUUCGACGUCGCCUGGAACAACUCUAAAAAAGUCAGUUCCUGCAGUCAAUUGUUCCCGGGAAAGACGGCUUUCUCGGAAACGGAAGCAAGAGCAAUCAGGGACGUUUUCCACUUCCAUGGACACAAGAUCAUUGCAUACAUCCACGUGCACGCUGGCACCUAUGAUGUUAGCGUUUUUAAGGGGGAUGCCGUACUGUACCCUAAAGGCUACACCGAAGUGCAAUCUGAUGACGACAAAUAUAUCGAUUUGAAGGGAGAAAUCGAUGAGGCCAUGAAGAACGCGUCUUUCCAAGUCCUGUCCGUGACGGUAGAUACUCUCAACAACUGGUACGGGAAAAUCUCGGGCUCCAGCGUUGACUAUGCAGCCACUGUAUAUGGUAUCCCAUACGCCCUAGAAUUUGUGAUGCAACUGUACCUAGGCGACGUGGAACCUGAGGGGCACAUGCAGCUCGCGUUAAACGAGGUCUGGUCGAGAAUCAUUUCCACAUGCUUCAGAAACAUGUACAGGAGCCUACGAGCUAAUGAAGUUCAAAAGAAGAAAUGAUUAAAUAAUACCAUAUUCAAGUGUGUU